GUCGCUAGCUGCGCCAUCAACGCUUUUUGGUCUUUCACUACCAUUGUAUUGAAUGUCAUAACAAUACAAGCGCUCCGAAAAACGGCGUCGUUGUCAAAGACUUUAAAAACAUUGCUCCUGAGUCUGGUUGUUUCUGAUCUUGGAGUUGGUUUGCUUGCUCAACCUCUCUAUAUAGCAACUCUUGUAAUAAAAAUUGAUCAAAGUACGCUAUUUGGGUUCAAUUUACUUCCCGUAUUCUUCGAUUUCUUGGAUAUGUAUUUUUGCCUGCUUCAUUUUUGGCAUUUUCGCUUUAACUGUUGACAGAUUCUUAGCCAUUCAUCUUCAUCUCAGAUACCAGGAAGUUGUGACAUUCAAGCGAAUUGUUGCCUUAGUGAUCUCAAUAUGGGUGCUCAGUUCAGCUCUUUCGGUACUUGCUUUGAAAGAAAAUUUAGAGAAAGUUCUCUCCUCUGUUAUUGGAAUCAUUGCGUCAGUUUGUCUAAUAAUUGCAGGAGUUCUUUGCUGCAAAAUGCACGCAGUUGUUCGACGCCACAGAAAUGAAAUUAAUAGCGCUCUGCAAGUACAACAAGUAGCACAGAAUGGAAAACUGGCAAGUGACGCAAGGCUGAAAAAAACUGCACUUGCUACAUUUUACAUGUAUAUCGUGUUUUUGGGAUGUUAUGUGCCAUACUUUUGCGUGAGAGCUGCUUCUAUAAACUCCGGUGAGUCUGUGUUGCAACAGCAUCUGUUUUAUUAUUUUUUGACACUGAUGUAUCUUAAUUCAUCUCUCAAUCCUUUGGUCUACUGUUGGAAGAUGCGAAACAUUCGACAGGCUGUGAUAAGUGUACUUCGUAACCUCUUUCAAAGUCAGUAAGGCUUACCAAAGUCAAAGAUAGGUAUAAGGCAACAUUUGAACCUCUUCAAGGAGACCACACCAGAAAAGCAAUACGUUGGAAGGCCGUUCCAAGAACCUGAAAUAAAAGAAUGCUGUUCUAAUAACUUAAAGCGCUAUUAUGCUUUUUUAUAUAAAAAGGACAUAAGACGCCCUAACCGAAAGGAAGAGCUUCAGUCUCUCUGUCACUCCAACCUCAUUUUCUUCAACGUGUCCUACCACCACCUAUACUUCACUAACACACUAAUUUACUGACUCUUCUCCACUGAUUAAAGAAUGCUAAUCUGAUUUGUCAUACUGAUAUAUAUAACGCUAUACAGUCACUCUUCUCAUCUAAACCAGGAACUCCGUUUUGCUUCUUCCUCGUUUCUUUGUUACCCUUUGUUAUCCGGUAUCUUUCAGUUAACUACUCUACUCCACUUAGGCCCACCCCGGCCCUUUCGACCUUGCCCUUUAAACUUACUAGAGAAGGUUUUCAAAGGAUGUAAUUGUCUUCAUUUCCUACCUACUUCUUGUUUCUGUUUUCCAAACACUCAAAACUUACCCAGUCGGCGGGUUUGUUUUGACCAUAGUGCAUGCAAUCAAACCAUUUUUCAAUGUCAUUGUCAAAGAUAAAUAAUUAAUAUUCGAUCUUUGCUUUAGCGCUUGGUAAAGAACGGCACCUGAGGCAGUUAACAAAUCAGCUGCAGUUUAUUUUAAGAAAGAUUAUCAUUGAUCGGUGAUUAAGACGAAGCCGGCGAAGAAGAGUCGACCUUCUUUUACGAAUAGGUUUUGUUUGUGCGGGGGACUUAGUAUAAAGACCAGUAGUUUGUUUAUUUUGCCUGUACAAAUGUAGCGUUAAAAAUUUGCAAACGAGGUUGUUGGCAAGAGAAUAUUGUUUUUUUCUUUUUGCCGAGAAACCUUGAGGAAAAGUGGUCGUAUUAAGUGCCUCGAUCGUGUUUUUGAGAAUAAUGAGCGCGGGUAAAAUGUUUGCGGAUUACAGCCUAGGCCGAGUGAGAAAUUCAGCACAUAGGGACAUUGAGGUUAUGAUGCUAUAUAAUGGCAUAUUUUAAACAUUUUAAACACACGACUUAUUUAGAUAAAUUAGACUGUUGACUUCAUAUUAAAAUAACAACCUAUUACGCCUUUGUACUCAACCUCUUCCCCUGAAAUGAACUAUUUUCUUUUUUCCUUUUCAGCCUUCUUGCAUUUUUCGAUAAACACAUGGCCUUGGGUACCACUAAUGCACUGUGAACUGCUGGGAUUAAACUUCUGUCAGUUGCCUCAGUAGUUCUAAUAGCUUUCUUCCGAUCCAUUUCACCUGGCAAACUUAAAUGCUUAUAAAUGCUUGUUUGAGUUUAAAGUAAAUUGUAUUCAAAUUUUUGUUUGAUGAGGACAUCAGAAAACUGAAUUUCCAGUGGUAUUUUUUAGACCCACAGCUGUUUUAGAUCCACUAUAUAUUUUAGACUCUUCGAGUAUUCGGCUCAAACUUUCUCACAAAUGAUUGCAAACGGGAAAAAUGGAAAUUGCCAAUUUAAUAAUCAGUAUACCAGGAAGGUAACAUGAUUCAUCAUUCAUUUAGUCUCGUGAAGAGUCUUUUACGAUAGUCAGUCUCGUUUGAACACGCAAAACACCUCCAGAGCCCAAUUAAUUAAUUGCAGCUAUAGAAAUGAGCUGAAUUAAGACUGAUCAAUAAAAAAAAUUUCGCUACACUUUUGCUCCCAGCCUCUUUUUCCCCCCUGAAAUGAACUAUUUUAUUCUUUUCUUUUUUUGCUUUCUUAAAAUUAUUUAAUAAACAGAUAGCCUCGAGUUUCACUAAUGCACUGUGGACUGCUGUGGGUUUAACUUCAAUUGGUUGAUUAGUUAUAGUUCUAAUGACUUUUUUCCGUUUCACCUGGUAAACUUAAUUGCUUAUAAAAGCUCUAACUAUUGUUUGAGUUUAAAGGAAAAUGUAUUUAAAGGGCGAGCAUCAUUAAACUGAAUUUCUAAUUCAGUGUUAGGACCGACAGUUUUGAUUGAAAACGACUGGAUAUUACAGAUCCUUCAAGUGAACAAGCUCAAUCUUUCUUACCAAACUAUUACACCUAUACUACUGGAAAAAACUCUAAUACUGGGCCAAUCCUAUAAUCAGUUCUUCUGAGAGGAAGUGCAGUGGACAUUCAUUGUUUAGUAAGCCUUGCGAAGAAUCUUUAAGAAUCAGUCUCGUUUGAGCACGGAAAGCACAGUCAUAGAACUGAAUUAACGGAACAUUACUCAGGGUCCCCUGCAAAAAGAUGGCAAUUACUAAAGACUUGCAUUCAACUCUGGUAGUUAACUGCGUCUUCAACGCUUUCUUGUCUUCCACUACCAUCAUGUUAAACAUCAUAACAAUUCAAGCGCUUAGAAAAGCGUCGUUGUUCCCGAGGACUUUAAAAAUCUUGUUACUAAGCUUAACUAUUUCUGAUCUGGGUGUAGGCUUACUUGUCCAACCACUGUACGUGGCUCAUCUUGUGAAGAUUAUAGAGCAGCGCAAUAACAAUAGUGCUUAUGAUACAAUGAGCAAGGCAUAUUUUAUACUGAGAAAUUUAUUUGCUUUAAAGUCGUUUUUAGGCGUUGUUACUUUAACUGUGGACAGAUUCUUGGCCAUUCAUCUUCAUCUCAGAUAUCAGGAACUUGUGACUACCAAGCGUGGUGUUGCUGUAGAGUUCUCAGCCUGGGUUUUAAGUGCAUCAAUUUCCUUCAUUUCCUUGUAUUCGUUUGAGAUUUCUUCUAUUAUAUCAGCAAUUAUUGUAGCUGUUUGUAUCAUAAUUACAGGUUUGCUUUACUGUAAAAUAUACGCAGCCGUAAGACACCACACAAUUCAGAUUCACGCUCUGCAAGUACAGCAAGCAGCACAGUAUCAGAAUGGAGAAACGGCAAAUGCCGCAAGGCUAAGGAAAACUGCACUUGCUACAUUUUACGUGUAUUUGCUGUUUUUAGUUUGCUAUUUGCCGGUAACCUGUGUUCUUCUUGCCGAGAAGAAUGGUAAAACUGCCUUGUUAUCGCAUUUAAGGUAUUUUACUUUUACCCUUGCGUUUGUUAAUUCAUCUCUCAAUCCUCUGAUUUACUGUUGGAAGAUGAGACACAUUCGGCAAGCUGUUCUUAGCAUGCUUCGAAACAUCUUUCUGAGCGGUCACUAAAAUGAGACAACAGUACCGUAGGAAGAAGGACACUAAAUAUAACCGCGACAUGAAACCUCUUAGGAGUUUUCGUUCGAGAGGGAUAGGUAAAACCGAGCUCUGCACAGAUAAGGGUCUUAAAACGUUUCAUAGAUUAGGUUAGACCUUGUAAACCAAAGUGCAUGCAAUCAAAAACUCCCCAAAAGGCAAAAUUGUAUUAAUAAAUCUUUCAUAUAUUAAACGUUACAAAGUCUUACAAAAGUGCUGAAAAAAUGCACGGAUAUCACAAUACCAUAGCCCAUUUGUUGUAACGUAAAUAAACUAGAAUUUCUUGAUCUUUUGGUAAAGUGUACAGUUGGCAAUGAAUAUAGUCAAUAAAGUUCCGGCCUUCAAAAUGGGCGUUUAAAAGGAAGGUAAAAAAAAAAGUUCGAUCAUUUUUUUUUGUUCAAUCAGAGAAAUGUUUAACUAAUUUCAGUCUUAAGAUCACCGUUAAAACUUAAGUUUCUGACUGCGAAAGAAAAUAGACGCUUGUUGAAAUCAUUAUACGUACUACGCGGGGAUGAAUAGAAGCUGAUAGGGACGGAACCGAGAUUUACACAGAAAUUAGAGAGUUAAAAAAUACGUUGUGACGAUAAAAGCACGUAAAUAAUAUCUAAUAUUAUGACGGUGUUAUUUCGCCCAGCUUUGAGAUUAUGUAGGUUUCUUUAGAAAGGUGAUAACUUAUUAAAAACAGUCAUGACGACUCUUAGAGCACAGUUUUAUCUACGGAGUUUUAAACUUGUGCAGAUUCUGAUCCUCUAGGUAUCUCAGACGAAAGCCUCGCAAACAGCUCUAAGUAGGUGCAUGGACUGAAAUGUUGUCGUUUACUAUAGAGCACUGAAAUACAUUUAAAAAGGGCAUUGUAUGGUUUUCCUACCACCUGAUUACCCAUUCAAUAGCCAAAGAAAGCUAACAUUUGAUUACGGGGGAUAUUUUAAACAUUUAGAUCGUUUGCAACUGAGUAAACUUGGCUAGUAAGACCGGAUGGUUGGUUAAGUAGGCUACCAACUGUGUCUAUUUUUAAAAGAUCUUUUCCCGUAAGAUUCUUUUGGGGUGAGAGGGUGGUUGGGGGGGGGGGGCUGGGACGUAACAUUCUUUUCUCUCUGGCAUGUGACAGCAGCAUACAUGCGAUGAAGAUUGAACUUGGCGACGAGAUACAAAAACUUGUUAAGCAAAUCUCAAAUCUGAGCACUAAGUUAUUAGCCGAACUAAAAGCUCUAAAAACCAGAACCAAGUCGACCGAAGACUCAGUAAACCACAUUGUACAACAACUGGGUGAGAUAAAAAACCAAGUUUGCGUUUCUGAGGAAUCAUUGAUUUCUCAUAUGCAUGACGCAAGUCGCCAAGAUUCUCAAUCACAAACAGAACCUAAUGAGCGCACGUUCGCCGAAGUUACAGCAAACAACGUUGACUUGCAGACUCUCCAUAGGACUGCAACUGAAGAAAUCAUAGCAGAGCCAAGGGAUCAGACUUUCACCGUGAGUACGCACAACAGAUUUGCAGUACUUGACCCUCAGUUUCCAGAGAGACAAACACAGGUGUUUAAUGAACAAUCUACACAACCUGUAUCUACAGCUACAGCAGCGAUGACGAGAGAACACUCAAACAGUUCUGAUGUUCAGCAGGGAAGCCUUUAUAACCAUGAAGCGCGGAAGGAGACUAGAAAGCAACCAGAGGCGCAAAAUGGCCCCAUACUCAUGAUCGGCGACUCCAUCUUAAGAGGAAUCCAACAAAGAAAAUUUUGUCCGCAACGAUUUGUCAACAAGCAAUAUGUACCAGGAGGAACACGAGAAAUGAAACAGCAUAUUGAAGCAAUGGUGGAUAGGAAUGUGUACGAUCAUAUAAUUGUUCAUUCCGGAACAAACGAUGUUGAUAAACUCAGAGUAAACGACAUAGCUAUGAACAUGGAAAGCUGCGUAAUUACGCUAAAGCGACGAUGGCAGAAUGCACAAAUCGCUUUGUCUGGUCUCACAUAUGCUCCCAAGGGAGACAACACAAAAAUUGAUGAUAUUAAUUACUGCUACGAGGCAAUCUGCUCGGAGCAUAACAUCACCUACAUUAAUAACCAAAGGGUGACGGCUGACACUUUUGGAAACAUAGAUCCUGAAGUAUUCUUUGACGAUUUGCAUCUCAACAACAAAAUAGGGACCAAGAGACUGGUAGCGAACAUUAAAUCACGCAUAGGAUUAAGAAGUGGGGGCAACAGGGAACAAGCUAACAGGAGGCAGUAUAACUCGUCAAGGUUACAAAAUAGAAGAUGGAAUUCGAGGCAGUACAAUUGGGAGUUCCCUCCUUUACAAGCACUAAACGCCCUUGCUGACUACUUUAAAAAGCACCAUCCAAGAUAAGUGCUUCUUUUCAUUUGUUAAAUAGUGUUCAGUCGCUUUCCGGAAGGUCUAAGUCUGCGAAUUGGAUGCUGGAAUAUCAACGGUUUCAAUAGUAAAAGUUUAGGCAAUAAAUUCCAGCAAAGUGAAGUAUUAGGUAUAAUAAAUAAGCAUGAUAUAUUUGGGAAAGUAGAAACUCAUGCUGACAGCAACUCGGACUUACAAAUUCAUGAUUUUAGGCACUAUGUUAAACAUAGAGAGAACAGCAAGGGAAAACGUAACUCAGGCGGUAUUGCCGUAUACAUAAGGAAAACGAUUAUCGGGGGAACCUCAUUCGUAAUUUCACGCAAUAAGAAUAUACUAUGGCUUAAGUUAGAUAAAUCUUUUUUCGAUCUGGACAAGGAUCUCUAUUUAGGCACUGUUUACAUAAGUCCAAACACUUCACAAGUAAUCGACCAAGAACUUUUAGACGAUAUUGAAAGCGAAAUUGUAAAUUUUACACUCAAAGGUGAUGUAAUUUUGCAAGGUGACUUUAACGCGCGCACCGGCAGCAUGCAAGAAUUCGCGGUCCAUGACGACGAUAAUCAAUUUCUUGAAAUCCCAGAAGACUAUGAAAUAGAUACAGAAAACUAUCGCUAUUCACAGGACGAAAAUACAACUAACAGCAGAGGGAGGAUUCUGAUUGAUCUUUGCACAGCUCUCAGUCUUAGGAUCCUGAACGGCAGAGUGGUAGGUGAUCUUACAGGGAAAAAAACAUGCUUCAAAUACAAUGGGAGCAGUGUGGUAGAUUAUGUUAUCAUUUCCAGUAGAAUUCUCAGAUAUGUUAAUUACUUUAUUGUCAACGAUCUGGAACCCCACCUAUCGGACCAUUGUUCCCUUUCAUUCGCAUUAAUGCUAAAACACAAAAAAAGGUGCUCCGGCAAACAACCAGACGAGAUCACGUUAAGCGAAUUUAAGAAAUUAGUCUGGGAUGAUAAUGCGAAAUACGAAUUAAGCCGACUCUUAGAAAGUAGAGAAACAAAAAACAGGCUGAACACAGCACUGAAUAACAAUAACGUGGACACAAUGACUGAUCUAUUCACACAAAACUUAAUUGACGUAUGCAAACAAGCAGGCUUGAGAUUCAUUAACACCACGAGGAAGCAUAGUGAAAAACCAUGGUUCGACGAGCAAUGCAACAUAGAAAAAGAGAAUCUUAAAUCAUUGGGUAGGCAUAUCUCACGAAACCCGAACGUGGAGGAAUUGAGAUCAAAUCUACACAAGAAAAAAAAGGCUUUCAAACACCUGUGCAGAAAAAAGAAACGCCAACAUUAUAAUCGGAUAAUUAAAUGCAUUGAUCUCAGUAAUGGUAAAACUGCGUGGAGACAACUUAGGAAAUUAUUCAACCUGGGCAAAUCCAAAAAUAUGCAAAAAAAUACAUCUGAGGACUUAGAGAAGUUUUACAGUUACUUUAAAAAGUUAAACGCACGAAAACAGCAAAACGAAGAGUACAUACUAACAAGAUCAGAGGCCUUGGGCCCCCUAGAUUAUGAAAUAUCUGAACAGGAAACGGUAACUGCUAUCGACCUCUUAAAAACUGGAAAGGCCCCGGGAGUAGAUAACAUUUUAUGCGAGCUGCUCAAACAUGGCAAAGAGGCCUUAAAAGGGCCUCUCACAAUCCUUUUCAAUAAAAUCCUAACCAGUGGUAGGUACCCUACCCUGUGGAGUCAUGGCCUAAUUAUACCAAUCUUCAAAAAAGAUGAUCCGUCCAACCCAGAGAAUUAUAGAGGGAUUACUCUCUUAUCAGCCAUGGGAAAGAUUUUUACCUCAAUAAUGAAUAGCAGGCUUUGUGACUAUCUAAUUGAAAAGGGCAUAAUUACUCCAGAACAAUGUGGCUUCCGAAAAAAACAUGGUACACAGGACAGUAUCUUCAUUUUAAAAGCACUAAUAGACAAAUAUGUUAAAUCUAAACCCAAGAAAUCAAAUAACCUUUUAUUCACCUGCUUUGUUGACUUUAGUAAAGCAUUCGAUAGUAUCCCCAGAGGGAAACUGUUUCAAAAAUUGAAGCUAGCGGGAGUAACGGGGCGCUUCCUUGAGAUUUUACAUUCAAUGUACUCCAAUGAUAAAUCAUCUGUGAAAAUUGAAAAUAUGCUAACACCCGCCUUUCGAUGCCAUACCGGUGUAAAACAAGGUUGCAUGCUCUCGCCAACCCUUUUUAACCUUUAUCUCAGUGACCUUUCAAAGAAACUUAAGGCCAAGAACCUAAAUGACGUAGAACUAAACGAGUUACCGUUAAGUUGUAUGCUUUGCGCGGAUGACUUGGUCAUAUUCUCCAAAUCAAAAAACGGACUGCAGAAUUAUUUGGAUUCCCUCAGUGAAUACUGCAAAGAAAACGACUUGUCGGUUAACCUUAAUAAAACUAAGGUGGUAAUUUUUAAUAACUGCGGGAGAACCAUGAAUAAGCACGUAUUAUACUAUAGAGGCAGUAAACUUGACAAUGUUAGCAAUUACAAAUAUCUUGGCCUACAAUUUAGUACUUAUGGGACCUUCACGUACGCUAAACAGGAAAUAAAGAAGGUUGCCCUUAAAGCUUUGUACAAACUCAGGAAGGAAAUGGGCGACCAUUUCAGAGACGAUGUACAGCUCACAAUGAAAAUUUUUGACACGGUUAGUUCCCCAAUACUCACCUACGGAAGCGAGGUCUGGGGGGUCGAUCACGACGGAAAGCUAGAAAAUGAUCCAAUUGAGUUUGUUCAAACAAAGUUCAUAAGGUGGCUAUUGGGAGUUAACAAAUUCUGUAGCUCAAAUGCGUGCAGAUCGGAGGUAGGCCGUUUCCCAAUGCGAACGAAGACAAAGUGCAGAGCCAUUAAAUAUUGGCUGAAAUUUUGUGAGCCGGAGCACCAAAAUAAACUCUCUGGAAUAGCAUUUACAGACCAAAUUGGUCAAGAUAAAAAGGAACUUUGGUCAAGCAAAUUAAAACGACUAUUAAACCUCGCAGGUCUUGGCGACAUAUGGUCAGCGAAAACUAACACUCCCGCAAUCAUGAACUAUAUACGACAGAGACUCUUAGACAUAGAACAGCAAACAUGGAUUAGCGAAAUACACAAUGAUGAACGAAAGGACCCGCAUCAAAAAAACAAACUAAGAACUUUUAGGAAAUUUAAACUUACCCAUGACUACGAAAAUUACCUCACAAAUGUAAGAAACAUCAAUCAUAGAGUAGCAAUCACAAAGCUAAGAUUAAGCAACCACAAACUAGCAAUUGAAACUGGACGAUACGUUAAACCCUAUCAACCACCAGACCAAAGAAUCUGUCCAUUAUGUAAAACUGGAUUAGAAGACGAGGAGCAUUUUUUGAUGAAUUGCAUAGCCUAUAGGGAUCCUAGGAGAGAGCUGUUCAAUACGCUAAAAAAGGAAACUAAUCUUAUUCUUGACUCUAUGACUCCAAGCUCUGCCUUUACAACGUUGAUAAGUAUGAAGCAAGGAGAGAAAACGCAAAAAAUUGUGGCUAAAUACGUAUAUGAUCGCUUCCGUGAAAGAGAUAGACGCGUUAAAUAUAACCUUGUUUAAUAGUUGUAUAAAUUUUACAAAUGUACACGUCUGUAAUUAUUGCACGAAAAUCUUUGUUAUCAUUGUAAACACAUGUGUCUGUAGGCGCUCUGUUGAUAAUAAAGCACUUAUCCUUAUCCUAUCUCAUCUCACACUCGAGGUAAAAAAAAAGGUCGGUACUCGUGACCAUGCAUUUCAUCAAAGAUAUGUGCGAAUUUUUGCCUGAGGCCAGCAAAUAUCUUAAAAUUCCGAAAAUCAGCCCCUGGACUCACAUUUUUCAAAGGCCCUUUUUGAGCGCCUUAUAGUCGGAGGGGCUUAUGUACGGAGGGAAAUUUGCGUUUCAAAAUCGAUUGGGCUAGCCUUAUGGUUGGAGGUAAAUUUACCGUUUCUGUCUGUUUUACUCAAUGUAUUUGAGGGCAAUUUCCAAGUACAAGCCCCCAGGGGGGAUUAUAUUUGAAGGGGCGAUUUAACGGAGGGUUUUUUGCGUUAUGAUUUUGGGGGGCUUAUACAUGGAGGAGAUUAUUUUCGGAAUUUUACGGUACGUUGGUUUGGUCUAGAGGGAGACGUUUUCCCUCAAUUCAUAACUAAACUCUUUCUGUUUCUGGAUGACUGAAAACCACCUGCCGUUUCUACUUCAAAAUUGCAUCAGUAGUUUCAUAUAAUUUUGUUCCAUUUGACUGACGCACCUCAACACUUACAAAGCUCGACCUAUCGCGUCUCGGUUCAAAUGAAAAUAUAUUCAAAUUACGGUGUGAUGAUGCGGACGUCACAUUUAAAUUUGUGAAUUCCGGUCUCUGUUAAGAAACAGUUAAAAUUUUUAAUAAGUGGAUAUUUCGGAUGUUAUAAGUACGACUUGGGAAAUUUCGACACUAUUGUCGCCGAAGUCUCAAAAGUUCUCGGCACCUUUGCCAUCGAAGGAAGAAUGGCGGAACACUGAGAACUCAGUCUUGGGACUGUUCAAUGUCUGGCGACGAAUCAUUUACAGUUCCAGUCUCAUUUAAAGAAGAAAAAAGUUGGAGAGCUCUUCAAACGUUCUCUACAAAAACAGAAACUUAAGACUGUACUUAAAGCUUCUUUAUAAUCAUGACGGAAGCUGAAGGUUUUCGAGAAAGUUUGCAUCCGACUGCCAUCGUGUUGAAUGUCAUAACGAUACAAGCGCUCCGAAAAACGCCGUCGUUGUCGAGGACUUUGAAAACAUUGCUACUAAACUUGAGUAUUUCUGAUCUGGGUGUAGGCUUACUUGUCCAACCACUCUAUGUUGCAUCUCUUGUGAUGGAAAAUGAACAAAACACUAACAACAUUGCUUUUUAUGUAGUGCGUAAAGCACAUAUAAUCCAGAGACAAAUAUUCGUCUCUGUUUCGUUUUUAAGUGUUUUCGUGUUAACUGUUGACAGAUUCUUGGCAAUCCAUCUUCAUCUCAGAUACCAGGAACUUGUUACUCACAAGCGGGUUGUUGCUGUAGUAGUUAGUGCUUGGGCGUUUAGAGCAUCAAUUACUUUCCUUCGUCAGUUUUAUUUAACCAUGGGUUCUUUACCUGCAAUCAUUGUAGUUGUUUGUAUCAUAACUACAGGAUUGCUUUAUUGCAAAAUA